AUGGCCCAUCUCCUUGGAUGGAAAGACAUCCUCAGACCAAUCCGCGAUGGUUACCGCCAUCUGUUCCCCACUCCCGACACUGGGCCCACGCCUGAACAAAGACGCCAACAGCGCGGCCUAGAUCGGCUGAAAGGCUUUGCUUACUUUGAUACUUUUGAUCAAUUGGAGUCGUGGAACGAAACUGAUUCUGACCCUCUCCAAAGGGCCAACACGCCGCUGCUACGAGGGACAGCCGAAACCACGACGGACAACCUUGGCAAGACACCUGUUCUAUUGAUUCAUGACUAUUCUGGUAAUUAUCAUGACUACGAAAGCGUUCAGCCUGUCGGUGUGGACAAGGAGUUUUACUCGUGUGAAUAUCUCCAAUUCGUUGAUACCUUUGUUUACUUCUCUCAUAAGUUAGUCUGCGUUCCACCACCUAUGUGGACGAAUACACUUCACCGGAAUGGUGUAGAAGCUUUGGGAACGUUCUUGAUCGAGCCGCAGACUGAGGGCUCAGAACGUCUGUUACAGCGCACGACAGAUGAGUUUGGGGAGAUGCACUUCCCCAUGGCCAAGAAGCUAGACCGUAUUGCGACGCAUUACGGCUUCGAUGGCUGGUUAGUGAACAUCGAGAAACCAUUCCCAAGCCAAGUGUGGAACGCAGAGGUUCUCGAAGCCUUCCUGCGCCAACUGAAAGGCAAUCUAGGAGUUAACAAACGACUCAUAUGGUACGAUGCUCUCACCACUUCCAACAAAGUAUCCUACCAGAACGCAGUCAACUUCUCCAACCUCGACUUUGCCAAGGCAUGCGGAAGCAUACUCACAAACUACUGCUGGAAGGAUAUCGAUGUUUCCGAAUCAGCAAAAUGGUCCCUGUACAGCAAGUUUCUACCUCAGGGAAACAUCUACUUCGGUGUCGAUGUUUGGGCACAGAACAAGUCCAGUUUCACUCAUCCACGCGUUACCUACCCCGAGUAUGGAGGCGGUGGUACUAACACUGGAGUUGCCGUGGCUAAAUUGGCAGAAUCUGGCCUCUCGGUAGGCAUCUUCGCACCUGCGUGGUCAUUCGAACAUUUUCCGGGCCAUGAACGCGAUGUUGAACGUACAGUAUGGGAGAGCACUUUGUUGCCGGAGAAAAUUGACUGCAGUUGUGGCGAUUGUGCAUCGCGUCAUCCACCAAACAAGGAGCUGGCAGUCUUACGUACAGCGAAAGAGCGCGUGGCGGGCUCAGAGCACUUGUUCUACACCGAUUUUAGCCGCGCUUUCGGGACACAUGGCGGCGAUGCGAAACACUUGUUUGAUGGCUACGACAUGCACGCACAACUGGGUCAGCAAUCCAUUCUCCCGCGUCCAGCUAUUCUCGGAAUCCGAGAGGGACCUAUUACACUUUCGCAUCAUAUUGAGACCGAACCCAACGGACACGUUUUAGUAAUCGAUGUCACCCAAAACCGAUUGACAGAUGCAGAAUCGAUAGAGGAAUGGCUUCCCCUUUACAAACUCGACAUGCCAGCAGAUGGUUCUUUACACCUAUUGACAGUACUGAGUACUAAAAUCACACCCUACACGAGCCCACAGACAAAGGACGUCCUCAUUAGCAUAUACUUUAAAACUACCUCAGCAAUUCACUACAUUCCAUUGCCGUUAUCCAGGGAUCCUAAGAAGCUCGUAGACCAGAUACCUCAAUCCCGUAUCCAAGAACUAGGCGUUCAUGUAAAAGGCGCAUGGAGUUCACCUCUAGGCGAACCCGUCCGAUUGAUGAGUAUCGCGGAGAUUUGCAUCACGCCUGGAUUCUCUUUACAAGAAAGACACGUGUUCGAAAUCACGCAAGUAUGGCUUGAGGAGCGCGGUGAAGGGGAGAGGAGGCAGACUAGGCUGUGCUGGACAUAUGGAGGUUCUACGGGGUCUGAUUGCGAAGAUGCGGGUAUGCCGUGGAGUGAUGUGACGGGGCCUUUUGCACAUUUUGAGAUUCGUAGCAGUGGCCGGCUGUUGUUUGGGAGAGCGUACGCAUUGGAGUAUAUCUUGAAUGACAAGUUUAUUGAUCGCAGCGCUGGGGAAAAGCUUGAGAUUGAAGUCGUGGGAAUUGGGUUUGAUGGACGGGAACUUGCCAAGAAGAAGGUUGAGCUGCAGCUAUAA